AUGGAGAACCCAUUCGAUACUGCUAAAACGCGCCCCUCAAACAUCAGCACACUCGCCGCGACAGAAUACACCGACUUUCCAGAGUCGUCCUCCCCCGUACGCGAGGGUUUGCCUUUUAGCAACAGCCCACCACCUACGUCGACUUCCGACAGCGAUAUCAAACGACUCGCGCAGCCCAAGCACCGCUUCGACGAGGUCAUCCCGCCCACGCAUUCUAACAGGACGAUUGUACUUUGCUUCGAUGGGACGGGGGACCAGUUCGAUGGGGAUAACUCCAACAUCGUCCAGCUCUUUUCGAUGCUGCGCAAAGACGACCGAAGUCAGCAGAUGGUUUACUAUCAGGCUGGUAUUGGAACGUACCACAUCCCGCAGAUGGCCACGCCCGCGAUGGCCGCCUUCGAUAAGACGCUCGACAUGAUGAUCGGGAACCACCUUAAUGGUCAUGUUAUGCAGGGCUACGAGUUCCUCAUGCAGAACUAUCAAGCUGGCGACAAAAUCUGCAUUUUUGGAUUCUCGAGGGGUGCUUACACUGCCCGUGCUCUUGCUGGGAUGAUCCAUAAGGUCGGCCUGCUGCCCGCCUCAAACACACAACAAGUCCCGUUCGCGUACAACAUGUACUGUCGCGACGAUGAGGUCGGAUGGCGUCAGAGCGUGCAGUUCAAGAAAGCCUUUUCAAUGAACGUUGACAUCGAGUUCGUUGGCGUAUGGGAUACAGUAAGCUCCGUUGGCAUGAUCCCGCGCCGCCUGCCCUUCACGAAGACGAAUGACAACAUCCGUCAUUUUCGACACGCAAUCGCUCUGGACGAGCACCGAGCGCGCUUCCAGCCAAGCUUGUGGAGCUUCGCCCAGGAUGAGAAGCACCACCGCCAUGUCAAGUCGCACCACAUGCCCCGGAUAUCACACAACGGAAGCAGGAUUAGCGCCCGCUACGAAAAAGACCGUGAGGCGAAGGAAGAGAAAGACCUCAAGUUGCAUGAUCUUGUGAAUCAUGAGCGGAGCCUAACGCUCGAGAGGCAAUUCUCGGAGUACGAGCCCGUGACCGAUGUCCAGGAAGUGUGGUUUGCUGGGUGUCACUGCGAUGUAGGUGGCGGCUCCGUCGUCAACGGCACGCGAAACUCGCUCGCACGCAUCCCACUGAGGUGGAUGCUCCGCGAGAUCUUCAAAUGCAACGUCGGCAUCAUGUUCCACAAGGAGAUGUUCAAGCAAGUUGGGAUGAACCCCGACUCAGUGUACCCCUUCGUGCACGAGCGCGCGCCGCCAAUCUACCAGUCCCCGUCAACGCCGAUCCCCACGCCAACGGUGGUGAAGCUCGAGGAGGACCCAACGUACAUCACGUACACGGACCACGGCGGGUUCGUGAACGAAGAGGAAGAGGACAUGAAGGAUGCGCUGUCCCCGAUCUACGAUCAGCUUGAGCUCGGUAGGGGGUGGUGGGUGUUGGAGAUGACGCCGCAGCCAAGGAGGUAUCAGCGGGACGAUGACGGGAAGUGGGUGACUAAGUGGUCGAUCAAUAAGGGCAAGGGCAGGCAUAUCCCACGACAGGAGGAAGAACGUGUUAAGAUCCACAGGUCGGUCAGGAUACGGAUGGAGGCGGAGGGGUUCAAGGAGAAAUAUUGGCCCAAGGCGCAUCUGCAUUGCGAGCCGAUAUGGGUUGAUUGA